AUGGACACCUCAUCAUCCUCAGCAACGGUCGACAUGGAGUCUGGAGGCUCCGACAUCCGGAAGCGCCUGACGCUCACCUUCCGCAAUGUCAGCGUAAACGUCACCGCGCCCGAUGCUGCUCUGGGAAACACUCUAUUAUCGGUGGCUGAUCCGCGACAAAUCACAAGCUGGUUUCAGAAGAGUCGGCGACCCAAGAGAACAAUCUUGAAGGAAAUUACUGGCCAAGUUCGACCAGGAGAGAUGCUAUUCGUUCUGGGUCGCCCCGGUUCCGGCUGUACCUCGUUUCUCCGAGUGCUAUCCAAUGACCGGGAUGCAUUCGACGAGGUUGUGGGAGAAACCAGAUACGGAAGUAUGGACCAUAAGCAGGCAAAGAAAUAUCGACAGCAGAUAAUGUUCAACAACGAAGACGAUGUGCAUUUUCCCACGUUGACGGUCAACCGAACGAUGAAAUUUGCUCUGCGAAAUAAGGUGCCCCGGGAACGACCCGAAUAUCUACAGGAUAGGAAGGAUUACGUGCAGGAAAAACGAGAUGAUAUCUUAGGGUCCUUAGGGAUCCCUCACACGAAGAAGACUCUGGUCGGGAAUGAGUUCAUUCGAGGUGUCUCUGGUGGUGAACGGAAACGUGUGUCUCUGGCGGAGAUGAUGGCUGGUCAGAGCCCUGUCCAAUUCUGGGACAAUCCAACUCGAGGUUUGGAUUCGAAGACGGCAGUCGAGUUUGCGCGCAUGCUACGACGCGAGGCGGACCAGAAUGAGAAAACGAUCAUUGCCACCAUGUACCAAGCAGGAAACGGUAUCUAUGACCAGUUUGACAAGGUUCUCGUUCUGGCGGAUGGUAUGGUUACUUACUACGGCCCGAGAGCCAUGGCCAAGGCCUACUUUGAGGACAUGGGCUUCAUCUGUCCCCGGGGAGCCAACAUUGCCGAUUUCCUCACCUCUGUCACAGUGACGACUGAAAGAAUCGUGGCUCCAGGCAUGGAAAAGAACGUGCCUAGUACUGCAGCUGAGUUCGAGGCUUACUACCGCCAGAGUGCGAUAUGCUCUCAGAUGCUAGAGGAUAUCCAGCCUCCGGAGAAGCUGGUGGACGAGGAGAUCGACUUGGCAAAUGCUGUGCUCAUGGAAAAGAGAAAACAGCACAUUCCUCGGCCUCAGAGCGUUUACACAGCGGGCCUUUGGCAUCAAGUUAUCAGCUGCACAAUUCGCCAAUUUCAGAUUUUAGCCGGCGAUAGACUGUCAGUCAUCAUCAAGGUUGUAUCUGCCAUUCUUCAGGCGCUUGUCUGCGGUAGUCUGUUCUAUAACCUCAAACUCGACAGCACCUCCAUCUUCUUACGCCCGGGUGCCCUCUUCUUCGCCGUUCUCUAUUUCCUUCUGGAGACUAUGUCAGAAACCACUGCGUCAUUCAUGGGUCGGCCCAUUCUCUCGCGUCAGAAGAGAUUCGGUUUUUAUCGGCCUACAGCUUUCGCAAUUGCCAACGCCAUUACCGACGUCCCUAUUGUCCUGGUGCAGGUCUCCUGUUUCUCAUUGAUUCUCUACUUCAUGAGUGCAAUGCAGAUGGAUGCUGGCCGGUUUUUUACGUACUGGAUCAUCGUCGUUAUUCAAACUCUCUGCUUCAUGCAGAUGUUUCGAGCAAUCGGUGCUCUCUGCCAGAAAUUCGGUAACGCAUCGAAGAUGACUGGUUUUGUCUCAACAGUCUUCUUCGUCUACGGAGGCUACCUCAUUCCUUUCGAGCAGAUGCAUGUCUGGUUCCGCUGGAUCUUCUACCUCAACCCGGGUGCCUAUGCGUUUGAAGCUCUCAUGGCCAAUGAAUUCGUUGGACUCAAGUUGAACUGUGUGGAGCCAGACUAUAUUCCCUAUGGAUCUAGCUACCCAGGCGGUGCUUCGCCUUACCGCGGUUGCACGGUCAAAGGAAGCACAGACGGCGUGAUUGACGGCGCGACUUACAUCAAGGAACAAUACAGCUACUCCUUUCACCACGUCUGGCGCAGUUUCGGUAUUCUUGUUGGCUUCUGGGCUUUCUUCAUCUUCUUGACUGCGUUUGGAUUUGAAAAAAACAAUAGCCAGUCGGGCUCAUCUGUGCUACUUUACAAACGAGGUGCCAAGUCAAAGGCAUCUGAUGAGGAAAGCCCCAGUGUUUCCAAGUCAGCCGGGGAAGCUCUUGCGCAGACUGGAAAGCAGUCUACCUUCACGUGGAACCAUCUCGACUACUAUGUUCCUUUCCAUGGAGAAAAGAAACAACUCCUGCAUCAGGUGUUUGGGUAUGUCAAACCUGGUAACUUGGUUGCGUUGAUGGGCAGUUCAGGUGCAGGCAAAACUACGCUGCUUGAUGUUCUUGCCCAGCGAAAGGACAGCGGUGAGAUUGUUGGAUCUAUUCUUAUUGACGGACGACCUCAAGGAAUUAGCUUUCAGAGGACUACUGGGUACUGUGAGCAGAUGGAUGUUCAUGAGGGUACGGCCACCGUAAGGGAGGCCUUGGUCUUCUCAGCUCUCUUGCGUCAGCCUGCUAGCGUGCCGCGUGAGGAGAAAAUUGCCUAUGUUGACCAUAUCAUUGACUUGCUCGAGCUCAGUGACAUCAAGGAUGCUUUGAUCGGUGUCCCAGGUGCUGGGUUGAGCAUCGAGCAGCGCAAGAGAGUGACUCUGGGCGUUGAGCUUGUGGCCAAACCAACAUUGCUGUUUCUGGACGAGCCGACCUCUGGCCUCGACGGUCAAUCGGCCUACAAUAUCAUCCGCUUCCUGAGGAAGCUCGUCGAUAGUGGUCAAGCUGUGUUGUGUACCAUUCAUCAACCGUCCGCUGUUUUGUUCGACGCCUUUGAUUCGCUCGUUUUGCUUGCGAAGGGAGGAAAGAUGACCUACUUUGGAGAAACUGGCGAAGACUCAAACAAAGUCCUUGACUACUUCGCAAAGAACGGCGCUCCCUGUCCACCCGAUGUCAACCCGGCCGAGCAUAUUGUGGAAGUCAUCCAAGGCAACACUGAAAAGUCAAUCGAUUGGGUUGAUGUGUGGAGCAAAUCCGAGGAGCGCGAGCUUGUGCUCCGGGAUCUCGAGGUACUAAACAAGGAAGCUCAGGCGAACUCAAACGGAGAGGAAGACCACCACGAUUUCGCCACACCCGUCUGGUUUCAGUUCAAGAUGGUGCUCGAGCGCUUGAUGACUCAGUUGUGGCGCUCACCGGACUACAUGUGGAACAAGAUCAUUCUUCACGUGUUUGCUGCCUUGUUUAGUGGGUUCACUUUUUGGAAAAUGGGAGAUGGCACGUUCGCACUCCAACUGCGUCUGUUCGCUAUCUUCAACUUCAUCUUCGUCGCUCCGGGCUGCAUCAAUCAGAUGCAGCCGUUCUUCCUGCACAAUCGCGAUAUCUUCGAGACUCGAGAGAAGAAGUCGAAAACAUACCACUGGAUUGCCUUCAUCGGAGCCCAGACUAUCUCCGAGAUACCGUACUUGAUUAUCUGUGCCACACUCUACUUCGCAUGCUGGUAUUUUACCGCUGGAUUUCCCGUUUCGGCGUAUAUAUCCGGUCAUGUAUACCUCCAGAUGAUCUUCUACGAAUUCCUCUAUACAUCCAUUGGCCAGGCCAUUGCCGCCUAUGCUCCAAACGAGUACUUUGCCGCAAUCAUGAACCCCAUCCUGAUUGGUGCCGGCAUGAUUAGUUUCUGUGGCGUCGUUGUGCCUUACUCCCAGAUGCAGCCUUUCUGGCGCUACUGGAUCUACUACCUGGACCCCUUCACCUAUCUUGUCGGUGGUCUCUUGGGAGAAGUGCUUUGGGAUGUGAAAGUGCAAUGCAAGGCUUCCGAAUUCGUCAAGUUCAGCGCCCCAUCUGGCCAGACUUGUGGCCAAUACAUGGCGGACUUCAUCUCGAACAAUACGGGAUACCUGCUGGACGCCAGCGCGACCGGAACCUGCUCAUUCUGUCAGUACUCGACAGGAGCGGACUAUGCCAAGUCUUUCAACUUGAAAGAGAAGUAUUACUCUUGGAGAGAUACUGGUAUCACGGCGCUGUUCUGUAUCACGUCGUAUGGACUGGUCUUUCUGAUGAUGAAGAUGAGGAGCAAGAAGACGAAGAGUGCCAGGUCAGAGUAGUCUUCUUGUAGAAUGAGAGAUGGAGAAGAGAGACUUUAGAGGGGGUUUCUCAGACCGGGGUUUUGUGCUAUCAAUUGCCACGUAGGAUUUGAAGCGGGGCUGAUCAGAAUGAAGGCUGUUGACGUAG